AUUUUUAUUCAUCUAUAGUACACACAACCAAAUUUAUAUGAAAUCAUUCAGUAUUUACAAGAAAGAAAAGUUUCUCGGAGAUUUGUUCCUGCAGUGUCAAAUUCACUGUUCCCAUGUAUAGUAGUAUGAAGUGAAUGUUAUUUAAAAUGCCUUAUGUGGUGUUAUCCGAAGUUCAAGAGAGAAGAAUUUUUGCUCUGUCAGAACAAGGCAGCUUAGAAAAUCUAUUCAAGGUUUCUGGAGUUGGGAACCCUAAAUAAUAGGCCUAGGAGAAGUCGUGGAAGAAGAGGAAGAAGAAGUCGGUCACCACAGAAGACCAAGACCAUUUUUUAGCUCAAAUAGCAAAAAGAAAUCCCGUAACGUCCCAUCCUGAUCUUUUUCGGUCGAAACUAUUAGAGACUUUGUACUCGAGAAUUAUUUAGUAGAAGACGCUUGCUUACGUCGUUCUUUGUUGAAGCAUGAAAACUUUGGAGACUGAUUGGAGACCAGAAUCGAUUGAUUCCCAUUAGGCAGUCACUAACUGGUCAACGAUAUGUGGAUUUAGUGCUACAACCUGUAGUAAGCCUCUGGAGAGGUGCUUUCGGGGAUUCUUUCCUAUUUAUGCAGGAUAAAAUGAAAGAUGUGACCGAAUUAGGGUGUCCCUCUUGUUGGCCGUAUCUUAAUCCCAUUGAGCACUUAUGGGACAACGUUAAAAGAAGAAUUAGAGCCCUUCAAAAUAUCCCUUUCAAUAAAUUAAAAAAUUUUAGAAGAAUGAGGAAAGCAUUGUUGCACUACUGCACUAGUUUUAAUAAUUAUUUUUUAAGAAAUUCACAAUUCACAUUUGUUAUUUGCUCUAUGUAAAACUUCCAAGUUUGGUUGUGUGUAUGCUGUAUGUAUACCAUACACACUAACUACUGUCGACUACACAAGUUUUGUAAUUUUAUAUUUUUAGUUAUAUUAUAAAAAUUUAUGAGUUUUAUUAAUAUUUUAGAACACUUAUAUAAUUAAAUUAACAUGGCCUUGGAAAAGUCUAAAAGUAUAGAAGCCGGCCUUCAGAUCAUGGUUUCGGACGAAACCAAAGAUGUGAAGUUAAUGACCCAGUUAAGUAGCCAGAAAACUUUCUGCCAGAAAUUGAAAGUAAUUUUCACGAAUAUAACCGUCGAGCCUAUAAUGAUGUGUUACAUUUUGCCCAGUGUGAUGUCAGUCAUAGCCACCCAAAAUCUUAACUUAGAGAAAGCCUGUAGAGUCAAUUUGCAACUCGAUAUUGAUACAUGCGAUGCACUUACCGCCAAAAAUGAAUCUUUUGUUGGUUACAAAAUUGCAGAACGACAAGUACAGCAACUGGUUACAAACAGAGCUAUGUACAAGAAUGUACUGCAAAGUUUAUUCCCCACAGUGCUCCUGCUGUUCCUAGGGUCUUGGAGUGAUAGGCAGAAAAGGAGGAAACCUUGCAUAAUUAUACCUAUAAUAGGAGAAAUUUGCAUGUGCCUUGGACUUUUAAUUUCUACGUACUUUUUCUUCGAGCUUCCAAUAGAAUUUAAUGUCCUGGUAGAGUCUUUACCAGCAAUCACAGGAGGGUGGGUUUGCAUGUUUAUGGGCGUUUUUAGUUACAUCAGCACCAUAACUAGUAAAGAAACAAGAACAUUGAGAAUAGGUGCAGUAAAUAUGUUCUCCAAUGUUAGUAUAGGCAUUGGUAUCGCCUUGAGUGGGGUUUCAUUUAAGUUCACUGGUUUUUAUGGAGUGUAUGUGUUAGGUUUGAUUAUGUAUAUUAUUGGAUUGAUAUAUGGGAUCUUUUUCGUUAAUGAUAUAACAAAAACUGAACAAGACGUGAAACAAGAAGGGUCAAAUAGAAAAUACAAGAAUUCACUUUUAGAUUUUUUUGAUGUAAGAUAUGUAAAGGAAACAUUUAAGGUAGUAUUUAAAAAGGGCGAAAGGAAUAGAAGGCUACGGAUUUGUCUAAUCAUGAUUUUGGCGAUGUUUAUAAUUGGUCCUAUUCAUGGUGAAAUGAAUGUAGUAUAUUUAUUUGGACGAUACAAGUUUGGUUGGGAUUCUAUAGGAUACAGUAUAUUUUCAACUGUUCAGUUUGUGACGCAUAUUUUUGGAACUCUGUUCUCUUUAAUGGUUUUCACCAAAUUUCUGCAAGUGGAUGAUGCAAUACUAGGCAUAAUUUCAAGUACUAGCAAGAUCUUAGCUUCGAUAGUUUACGCUUUUGCACCGACAAUUGAAUAUCUCUACUUAGGUGCUUUUGUGGAAAUACUCAAUGGAACGUCAUUUAUCGCUUUAAGAUCACUAAUAUCUAAAUUAGUUCCUCCGAAUGAAUUGGGAAAAGUCAAUUCCCUAUUUGGCGUUUGUGAAGCUAUCAUACCUUUGGUUUAUGGACCAUUGUACAGUUUUUUGUAUUCAAAAACCAUGAAUAGUUUACCUGGAGCAUUUUUUUUAGCAGGCGGAAUAUUGACAAUUCCAGCAGUCUUAAUUUUUUUUUGGCUAUACGUGGAAAACACAAAGGACAAAAAGGAAAUUAAAUUGGCAGAAUCAUCAAAAUUGAUGAAAGAUUAUACUAAAAGUGAUGAAGAAAAUAAAUGAAUUAAAAUUCAGAAUUUACAAUACAAUUAAAAUACCUUAUUUAUCAUUAUUUAUAAGAUGAUGUGCAUUUAAUUAUUAUUAUCAUUUUAGAAUUUAGAAAAAAGUACCUUUUUUCUUCUAAAUUCUAUAAAGAAUAUGAAAAACUUAAUAGUAUUA